AUGCGACGUUCGCCCGCGCUCGCGCUCCUGUGCGUCGGCGUCGCGCUCGCGAGCGCGGCGCGCGCGGACGUCGUCGCGCGAACGUUCGACGGCGAGGCGAACUGGACGCUCCAGGGCGCGGCGGCACCGGCGCGAAGAAAUCCAACCGACGACGCGGUCGCGCUCAGAAUCGCGCCGGCGCGCGCGCGGAGCGCCGGGAGCGCGUUCGCUGAGAAGAAACAGCUCGUGAUCGGUGGAUUCGUCGCCGAGUUCGCGAUCGCGAUGCGGAGCGAGGGUGAGACGAAGACGUGUAAGACGCGGGACGCGGGCGGAGCGUGCGCGCGGGGCGGCGACGGCAUGGCGUUCGUGAUACAAAACGCGGACGCGAGGGCGUUGGGGGGUGGUGGGAACCAGUUGGGAUACGGUGGGAUGACGAAUUGUGUGGUGGUGGAGUUCGACACCCAUCACGACGCGGACGCGAGGGAUCCGUAUAAUAAUCACGUGGCGGUGCUCACGCGCGGGGCGACGGCGCCGACGCUCGCGUCGCAUCACGCCGCGAUCGGGACGAGCGUGAGCGUUCCGGAUCUCUCAGACGGUGAGCGACACGUCGUUAGAGUGGUGUACGAUCCGGAUUUCAUCGCCGAGGACGCGACGCACAAGAGUUUUCGUUCGGGCGCGCACUUGCUCUCGCUCAGAAACUAUCACCACGGCUUGGGGACGAUGAAGGUGUACGUGGACGACCUCGCCGAGCCCGCGCUCACGGUGCCCAUCAAUCUCGGUGCGUUUUUAGAUUUAGACGCCGGGCGCGCCUGGGUCGGUUUCACCGCGGCCACGGGAGAGAGGGCGCAACACCACGACGUGUUGAGCUUUCGAUUCAGAGAGCGCUUCGGCGGCGGCGUCCGACCCGUCGACGUCACCACACCCUAG